AUUAAAAGAGAAGUCGUGUAGAGCGUUCUCCUUUGUGAUUCUUUAUAAAAAGACAGUUAAUUUCCUCUUCUCUCUCUUUCUUUCUUUAUUGCUUAUUUUAUCAUAUGCGUCUAAUUCCCAUCAUCAUCAAAAAUAACAACAGCGAAUAUGGUAGAACAGCCAUGAUAGAACAAGAAGCCACAUUAAGAGAUUUGCAAUCCCUAGUCGAGAAGAUUUAUAGCGUUCCUGAAGAAUGCCAAAUACUUUUCUUUAAAGAAAAGCGUCUAUUGGAUUCUCUUCGUACUCUAGAAGAAUAUGGUAUUGAGGAAUACAGCCAUAUUGGCCUGUACCAAAAGUUGCCUGAUCGCGGAGGUGAACUACAUAUUCUUUACAAGAGAACGUCUGGUGAAAUGAUGGUUCUAAAUGCGCGCUAUCAUUAUACCGUUGAAGAUGUGAAGAAAUAUGUUUGCAAAAUAGAAGGUGUGGAUCCAAAUCUAAAAAGUCUUUUCUCUAGCUGUGUAGAGCUUGUUUCUGAAUACAAAUCACUUGGAGAAUUGAGAUUUAGAGAUGGAAGUAUUAUUCAUCUCGAGUAAGACGAAGAAAGGAAGAGUUAAACACAAUUGUUUAAUUGAAAAUUACGUGUUGUAAUCAAUAAAAAAAAAGCAAUUUGUCGAAUCUGACAACUUUCACUUUGAA